UAACUUAUUUGCUUCCCUUUUUGACAGUUUGCGAAUCGCGCUUGCACGGCGCACAACUAGUACUGUAACUCGGCAUUAGUUCGCGCAUUCCUGAUCAGUUGUUUGUAAAUACGAUAACCACUUCGGAGUUCGUAUUACUGUUUACUACGAUUGAGUUAUUAUCUAGUGACGUGCUUAUUAGGUAUGUACUCUCCAUGACGUAUUUUAAGGACUCGAAUCUCAAGGUGAUUUGAAAAAUAGACCAAUGCUUGAGUAUAAGUGUAAUUGGGUUAUUUACGAUAGAAUCUGUUAAUAAGAUUAUUUACCAGUAAAAAUAAAGUGGACAAUGAGUAACCGAGUGCAUACAAGCAAACGACGAAGUCAUAUAUGGGACCAUUUUAAAUAAAUAAACAAGAAAAGAGUGAAAUGUGUACAUUGCUUUCAAAUAAUUUGUGUCGGUGCGGUCAUCUGAAGAUUUGUUCAGACAUAUAUCACGUAAACACAGCACAAUAAGUAUGACGCCGGUUAAAAAACCAGCUAUAAAAAUCGCUGAAACCAGCGGAUACCAUUCACCGGACUCGAGUUCAUCUCGUUCUUCCACCAUGCAAGUUGUUUCACCAACUAUCUUACAAGGUACCGCAGACUUCCCAGCCAUGGACAAUAAUGAUUCAAAAAUAAAUUUAAACGUAAACUCAUCCCUAGAGGUGGAUCGCAUACUGUUAAAAAUGGUAUGCAAAGACUAUCAUCCAUUUGGUAUCGUCGAAAAAGAAGGAUUUAAACGGUUAAUACAAGCACUAAAUCCGAAUUACAAGUUGCCAACAAAAAAAACAUUGUCCAAUCGUCUCCUGAAUAAAUACUAUUACGAAGUUCGCUCGUUUGUAAUAGAAGAAAUUAACACUGCACAAGCAAUUUGUAUCACCACCGAAGGCUGGACAUCUGUAAACAACGACUCAUUUAUAGAUAUCACAGCGCAUUUUAUAAACGAAGAAAACAUUUCAAAAAGUUACUUUUUAGAUUGUGUACAAUAUGCAAAAGACAAUACAGCCAGCAAUUUAACAACAAGUUUGCAAUCUGUGUUUGAAACAUGGGACAUCCAAAAUAAAAUUGUUGUUAUUGUCAGCGACAACACACCAAACUUAAGAAAUGCUGUGAGAUUGGGAUGUUGGGAAUCAAUUGGUUGUUUCGCCCAAAAAGUAAAUGUAUUUUUACAAGAUGCGCUGGGAAUUAGAAACUUAGAUGAGAAUAAUGCGACGCCUAAUACAAUCGCUGAAAUAAUUUCAAAGGUUAAAAUUAUAGUGCAAUACUAUAGGAACACUGCUCAAGCAAAGAAGAAAUUAAUGGAAGUAGCAAAAAAUAUUGGAAUAGCAAAGUUUAAGUUGAAGCAAGGCUCUCCUAUGAGCUGGAAUAACACAUAUGAAAUGUUAGACCAAUUUUUAAAAUUGAAAGAAUGCAUUAUUUCUUCUUUGAGCAUGUUGAGGGAUGACCUUUUGCCAUCUCAACAUGAAUGGGAAGUCAUUGAAAGGGCAAUGCCCAUAUUGAAGUUGUUUUAUGAUGUGACCACAGACAUUUGUACUGAAAAAUUAACACUUUCAAAAACACCAUUUUAUUAUCAAUUUAUGAUGAAUCAUAUAAUGGAACAAGAUCAAAUGUAUUUCACAGAGGGUAUACCUGGAGAAAUUUCUCAACUAAUCUGUAAUUUAAAAGCAGAGUUUGCUAAAUUGCAAGAUCCUGAAACGGAUAUGAUAACAUCGGAAGCAACCAUUUUAGACCCAAGAUUUAGAAAUUUAGCUUUCAAAAAGCCUGAAAAUUAUGAAUGGGCGUUAAAACAUUUAAAAGGCAAGUUAAUAUCCCAACAAUCAUACACAUUCUCUCCAAAAAUACUGUCUAUAUGGGAUGACCUGGACUUAGAAUAUGCCUUAUCCUUACCAGAAAACACCACAGCCCCUGGCAUACUUGAGCUCGAAAAAUACAUGCAGGAGGAAUAUUUGCCUCGAGAAAAAGAUCCCCUAGAAUGGUGGGAAAAGAACAAAAAUACAUACCCACAUCUUUAUAAAUAUAUGAAAAUUAGAUUAUGUGUACAAGCUUCAUCGGUUCCCUGUGAUCAAAUAUUUGCAAGGGCAGGCCAUGUCAGAGACAAGAAUAGGUGCCGUCUAGGCCUUUCAAAAUUGAACAAACUAUUAUUUUUGCAUUACAAUAUGUGAUUUAAAAAAAAUAGUUAUUUUCCUUUUCUAUAGCUAUAUUCAAAUGAAUAACGCCAAAAUAAAGCCACAUACUAAAACUAUUAUUCCUAAAUAUCAAUAUUAUCUGAUUUUAAUUAAAUAAUUACAAUGUUAUUAUUGCUGCGCAUUUGAAAAUAUCCCUGUUGGCAGAUAUUCCCCCAUCUUUGAUAUGUAAAUAUCUUAAGGAUAUUCUUAAACAAAAUAUAUUUUAUUAAUUACAAUAUGUGAUUUUAACAAAAUGAUUAUACAGUAAUUAGUUAAAAAAAAUAUUGUUUGCUCACGGGUAUUCGCCCAUCUUUGUUAUUUCUUUAUUUGUUUUACUUAUGCCAAAAUAAAACUUUAUUCAAUUCUUA